AGACCGGCGACGGAGCACGCGUGUGUGCGGACGCAGUUGCGUGAGGUGAUCUUUCCUUCUGCCGUGCUGUGGAGCAAAGCUUGUUCCUCUCCCGCUCAGCCGCGCAGGUUGAAUUGACCAAAGCAAUGGUUAUGGAGAAGCCUAGUCCCCUGCUGGUCGGGCGGGAAUUUGUGAGACAGUAUUACACGCUGCUGAACCAGGCCCCAGACAUGCUACACAGGUUUUAUGGAAAGAACUCUUCUUAUGUCCAUGGGGGAUUGGAUUCAAAUGGAAAGCCAGCAGAUGCUGUCUAUGGACAGAAAGAGAUCCAUAGGAAAGUGAUGUCACAAAACUUUACCAAUUGCCACACUAAGAUUCGCCAUGUUGAUGCUCAUGCCACUCUGAAUGAUGGUGUAGUGGUCCAGGUGAUGGGGUUGCUCUCUAAUAACAACCAGGCUUUGAGGAGAUUCAUGCAGACUUUUGUCCUUGCUCCUGAGGGCUCUGUUGCAAAUAAAUUCUACGUUCACAAUGAUAUCUUCAGAUACCAAGAUGAGGUCUUUGGUGGCUUUGUAACUGAGCCUCAGGAGGAAUCUGAGGAAGAGGUAGAGGAACCUGAAGAAAGACAGCAGACACCUGAGGUGGUACCCGAUGAUUCUGGAACUUUCUAUGAUCAGACCGUCAGCAAUGACUUAGAAGAACAUUUAGAGGAACCUGUUGCUGAACCAGAGCCAGAUCCUGAACCAGAACAAGAACAGGAACCUGUGUCUGAAAUCCAGGAGGAAAAGUCUGAGCCAGUACUGGAAGAAACUGCUCCUGAGGAUGCACAGAAGAGUUCUUCCCCAGCACCUACAGACAUAACUCAGACAGUACAGGAAGACUUGAGGACAUUUUCUUGGGCAUCUGUGACCAGUAAGAACCUUCCACCCAGUGGAGCUGUUCCAGUUACUGGGAUACCACCUCAUGUUGUUAAAGUACCAGCUUCACAGCCUCGUCCGGAGUCUAAGCCUGAAUCUCAGAUUCCACCGCAGAGACCUCAGAGGGAUCAGAGAGUGCGAGAACAACGAAUAAAUAUUCCUCCCCAGAGGGGACCUAGACCAAUCCGUGAAGCUGGUGAGCAAGGUGAUGUUGAGCCCCGAAGAAUUGUGAGACACCCUGAUAGUCACCAACUUUUCAUUGGCAAUCUGCCACAUGAAGUGGACAAAUCGGAGCUUAAAGAUUUUUUUCAAAGUUAUGGGAAUGUGGUGGAGCUACGCAUUAACAGUGGCGGGAAAUUACCCAAUUUUGGUUUUGUUGUGUUUGAUGACUCUGAGCCUGUUCAGAAGGUCCUUAGCAACAGGCCCAUCAUGUUCAGAGGUGAGGUCCGGCUGAAUGUCGAGGAGAAGAAGACCCGAGCUGCCCGGGAAGGGGACCGUCGAGAUAACCGCCUGCGGGGACCUGGAGGCCCUCGAGGUGGGCUGGGUGGUGGAAUGAGAGGCCCUCCCCGUGGAGGCAUGGUGCAGAAGCCAGGAUUUGGAGUGGGAAGGGGAAUUGCGCCAAGGCAGUGAAUUGCUCUUCGUUGAUCUUCACGCAGCAGUACAGAUCUUCUACUAGCUCCUGCAGAAUGGUGAAUUUCUUACUACACCAGCGUUUGGUAUCCUGGAGUUUGACCCAAGUCUGUUAUAAACUGCUUAAGUUUGUACAAUUUUACUUUUUGUGUUAAUGAUGUGUGCUCCCUCUCCUGCCCUUCCCUCUUCCUCACCUUUUAGUCCUUCACUUCCAAUUUUGUGGAAUGAUAUUUUAGGAAAAACAGAUUUUUAAAGAAGAGAAAAAGACUGAAUUUCCUUGCUUUACUUUGCAUAUACAGACUGGAUUUUUUUUUUUAACAGCCGUUUCCCCAAAGGAAUGUGUCUGGCUUAUUACUGACAUUUGGUAUGUUUCAUUCAUCGGAAUAGUUCUUAUUUUCUAUGUGUUUCAAAAGCCUGUGAGAAACACAGGUUUUGAUAAACAUUUUGAAGGCAGGAAAAAUCCAAAUUGUUUCUUCUUUGAGAGUCACAACUACCUUCUGGUGUGUAGAAAUUGCCAUUAGAAAAAUUGACAGUUUUGAUUCUUGCUGGUAUGGUUAAAAACUGAAUAAAAGGUGUUAGUAGAAUUUUUUUUCCUUUUGAUAUGUGAUCACAAAACAAUGAUAAGCCUACUGUUUUUACCAUUUAAAUUGUGGGAUAGGUUUUAAAUGUCUAGAAUGCAACUGAUUUAGAUUUCUUUUGAAGUAGAGUGUUUUUCAUGUUUAAUUUGUAUUUGUAAAAAAAAAAAAAAAAAACAAAACCCAAAAAACAAAAAAGAAACCCCAAAAUCCAAAUAACACAAAACCAGAGCAAACUGUUGUGCCUUCUCUUUAUCUUUGAUUCCAGCCUUGGCAGUUGUUUAAAGAAAAAUUCAAAAAAAAAAAAAAGUCUAGAUUUGUUUUAUCAGGUGUAGAGUAUGUUGGGGAUUGAAGAAUCCCUCUUUCACCUGGUAUGUGUUCUGUUCAUUUGUUAUGCCUUAUUUUUAAAAUUGAGUUUCAAACUGGAAUGCCUUUAAAGGACAGAUAUGCUUCUAUAGAGGUCCUUUGACCUAAAUAGUCCACCAUUUGUAUUAAGUUUUAUUUUGGUAUCUAUUCAGAAUCCUAAUCAUAGCCCAUAAAAAGGAAUAUGACUUUAAUAUUGGACUUUGUGCUUGAGUGCCCGUUUUUUUUCUUUAAAUCAUAGCCAUAUGGUAAAUUUUCUAUUUUGUUAGUGGUUAUCUUUUAUUGAUGGGCAUGCAGUGGGUGUUUCUUGGAAAUGGCCAAUUUUUAUUAAAAUAUUUCUGGAAGAAAAUUUAACCUGGCAAUAUAGACUAAUAUUCGUUUUACAUAGUAUGUUAAUUUCUUGAGUGCUGUGUGUGAGGUGGGUGAAGGUUUUGUUUACACAUUUGUGAAGCAAGCCUUUGUGUGAUAACUUGUCAUACUAAUUGAAGGACAACAAGGUUGUCAAAUUUAACUUAUUUAUUUUCUUAACAGUUUCUUAACAGUGUUCAUCAUUAGGACUGUUUGAGGAUAGUAUAUGAGUAGGAAUAGGAAUGUUUGUUUUGCUGUUACUGGGAAACUCUAGGUUUGCUGAAGGGUGUAGUCUUAAACUAAAAUGAAGUUUGAUAUUAUCAGUCCUCAGUACCUAAAAUAUUUGAAAAUUGGCAACAUCUCCUUCAUAAAGAAACUUCUGUAACUGAGUCACAUGGCUGUUUUUGGGUCAGCUUAAAUAACUAUUUGGUAACCACUUCAUUUGGCCCAGGCCAGUGAUAAUUGGAAGACAUUCAGCUUGUACUUUUGUAGCUUAUAUUAAGCCUGUGGUGGAAAUUAAAAAAAAAAAAAAAAACUUAGCUGGAGUUGUUUUUAAAAAAAAAAUACUAAGUUUUAGUAACUGUAAGGGUCAUAAAUUAUGGAUAACCUAGAAAUCAUUUUUCACAAGUAAAUGUUAAUCCAUACAUUUCACUAGGCAUUUUUUCCCACUGAGUAGUUAAGGGGCACCAACUGGAUGCAGUGAUUCUCAACCCAGGCUGUUAAUACAUCCUAGAGGGCACUCGGAAAUGGGUGAGAUUUGGGGAGGAGGGAAGAGGAGUCCUACAUCUGGCUUUUAGUGGGUGGGGCCGACAAUUUCAAAUGUUUCACAAAAAUAAAGCAAACUCCAUUGAGAUCAUGGAUAUUCCUCAUUCCCUAUAAUACAUGGAGGAUGGAGCGGUGGAUGGGGACAACUGGAGUAAAGACUCAAUUCUAUGAAAAAUAGCCUCAGAUAAAUGAAUUAGCAAAUAGAAAUCUCUUUCAGGAGUUAAAGUAACAUCUGCAGGGAAUUGAUAAUCUCAUUUUCCUUUAUUUGUACCCAUGUGUGGUUUUUAAAGAAAUAUUUGAAGAGGUAGUAACAAUAUGCUAGAUGCUUCUUGUAACUUGUUGCCUAAGCUUAGAAAACAAAGGGUUGCUUCACGUAAUUUCAACCCACAAGCAUGGGAUGCUUGUGGAGUUUUAAAUAGCAUUGGACUUUAUAUGUCAGAUUUAGCAUCAUGGUUAACACUGUGAAGAAUCCCAGUAUCGUUGUUUACAUUAUUGCUGAUAGAAUAAACAUGAUACCCUAGAUACUGUGUAUUCACACAUGGAGAAAGUGAAAACAGGUUAGGGCAAGAUUUUUUAUAGGCAGCAUCAGCUCAUCACAUUCAACCUUUUCAGGGUUUUAAAAUACAACUUUUUGUCUCUAAGAAUGACCCAAUGUGCAGUUAUUUUCUGCUGAGCUUUACACCCUUCACCCAUGAGUAUUUUAGCUAAGUAAGAUUAGUUUGGGUCAAUGCGUCUUCAUCUUUUAAGAUCUUGGGCCUUAAUAAAAUACAUUUGUUUCCUUUUGUGGUGAGGUUGGGCUUUACUUGUGUAUUCCUGUGCUCUCAACUUUAGAGCUAUUGCUGGGAACAGUGAAAAGGGUAAUCCAAAAAUCACUGAUUGGCUUUGGGUGGUGGGUAGGUUACUACCACAGUAUUGGUUGAACUGCACUUUGGUUUUAGGUUGGAAAACUAAUUUUCACAAUUACCCUGUGGAUUAGGUGCUGUUUUUUCCCCCAAAGUAAUAGGUGAGGAAAUUGCAUCGGAACGGUUAAAUUUUAGGCCUUGAAGUGAUCCAUGUAGCAAGGAGCAGAUUGGUCUCCAAAAUUGAUGCUUUUUCUCUAGAACCCUAAUGUGUACCUAUUUACGUUUGAGUGAUAAUAUUGAAGAAUAGGACACGAUCAUAAUAAGUUAAUACAGUACAGAGACUGGAGGCUGUAAAACAUUCAGAGGCAAGUUAAUAUUACUCUUCUCCAUUUCCUUUAAGGUAAACAAGAAAAGGAAACAACGGAUUUUGCAGGGCUCCUUUUGAUUUGUAUAGAUGGUGGUAACACAGUAACAAUGACUUGUUCUUAGGUUAUUUUCUCAUCUUGUGUUUUAAUACGUGUAGUACAACCUUGAAAUCUGGAUGUAGAAGGUAACAAUAUUUUUAUAAUAUCUUAAUCCAGGUGGAUUUAUAGCAGUUGUGUUUUGUUCUUAUAACUGCCAUCCUUGAUACUUUUCUUCAUCCCUUUAUUUGAAAACCCUUGUAGAGUUUAAUAGUUUAGUGGGAAACGUGGCACUUUAUAGAAAACAGAAUCUAUAUGGAAAUAAUCUUUCUAUGAGGUUUAAAUUUAUAGACCAUUGUUUAUGCUGAGUGGCUUGUUCCUUUUAAGUAAAUAUAGUUGCAUUUGUCAAAUCUACUGAUCUACAGAUAACUUGAAGUUUCCUACUUAAAAGAAUUUCUGCAGGAACUGCAUACAAAUGAGAUGACUUCGUAAUUUUGAACCUUGUAAAAAAAAUAACUUCAACAUUUAUUUGAAUAUGGGAUUCCAGAUAACUGCCUAAUAAUAUACCACAGAUGGGUGGUGGACGAUUAGAGUUUUCCACAAAUGUUUUAGAAAUCUUAAAGAAUGUGUUAGAAAUUUAGCAACAUUUUGUGUGGGAAGUUGCUGAUCAAGUAAAGGCCAUGUGGCACUAGAUCAGUAAAGAUUUCAGGUUUUAAGGUAGUAAUACCUUUGGGAUUUGUAUUUGUUGACUGUGAUAUCGAGGUUCUGGGGACCAUAGGUAGGCUUAUGAACUCUUACAAGACUAUAUUAAAGAAGAAAUGGUAGCACAUAUGAGAGAAAACUAACUUACUUAGUGAAUAUGUAGCUCAGGUUAAUGCUGAAAUUAGUCUGAUUUGCUCAUGCUUUAUGAAACUCUCAUUAUGGCCUGAAUGAGUAAAAAGUUGAUUAGCAGUGGUCUAAAAAACCCAUGGUUUUGGUUUUGGUUAUAUUUAUAUAUUGGCUUAGAAUUAAGCUUGUCCACUUUCUGAUCAUAUGACUUGCCUUGAAAACCUUGGACAGUCUCUGCUUCUCCAGUUUCCACUUGAACCUGGUAGUCUAUUGUUUGUUUUGUUUUGUUUUGUUUUUAAGUUCCCUACAAGAGGAAAGUAGUAUGGGAAAUCAGUUUCACAGUUACACUUCCAUAGACCAUGUGACCUGGCCAGUUACAGAAAUCUGUACAUGUUGAGUAUUCCAGAAUAUGGCCAGUGUCAGAUUCCUAAGGGAUUUAUAGCCAUCUAGUGUGUCUUUAUCUUUUAAAAAAGCAAAUUAAGGGAUGUUUACCAAAAAUUCAUUAUUGACUUUAAUAAGUAUUUAUUUUUCAGAAACCUGCUUAUGGGAUGUUUGCCUAUAUUUUUGGUAGUAAUUAGAGAGAUGAUUAUAUCUCUCAUUCUGGAUGUAGGCAGUUUUAACUAUUGCUAUAAUUAACUACCUUAGUUACUGAUUUUCCCCCCAAGCUUUGAUGUCACCUGUUGGACUUUGGAUUUGGUAUAAAUUCUUAAAUGUUUUUAUGAAGUGUGUAUACACUGAUUUGGCUCUUUUAAAUGAAGACAGUAUACUAAAAAACCGACAUAAAGCAGUUAGGGGAGAAGAUUCUUUAAAGAUUCAGUGUAUGCUUAAGUAGAUUAUGUAGAACGCAUCAUGUUACAAAUAAGUCUAUAUAGGUAGAUGUUUGAUUUUGAAGAAUGGGUGGAGGAGGAACCUAGCUGAUGGGGGAAUAAUCGUUUGUGAUUCAUAUGGAAAAAAUCAUAAUUCUAAGUGAGAAACAUCAGAUAUUUAAAGUUUUUCUUCCCAUUUUGAUUAUUAACCAUAAGAGGCAGGAGAGACUCCUAGAAUUCUUCGAAUCCUAGAAUGUUAAUGCUGGAAAGGAAUAAAGAAUUUGUACAUGCCCUUCAUUUUUCAAAAGAUCGAUGGCUCAGAGAAUGGCUUAUUAGCACAGAGUCCCAAAUUGGCUUGUAGAAGUAACAUAAAGUACCUUUCAGGGUCACUACUCUGCCCUAGGUUCACCGUAGGAAGCCAGGACUGUUAGAGGUCAGGAUGUGGGAGAAAAGGGAAGGAGCCACAUUUUAUAUGCUUAUUCAGUUGCUUCUGUCGCUCAGUUUUCAUACCCAGUUUUUCUCUGUUUUCUUAGAACUAUCUUAAUGCCUAGUUCCACCAGGGCCUCUUGUCUAAGGACAUGAUGUUGUGCUCCCCUCAGGGAUGGGUUUACUACUAGCUGUCCGAAAGCUAUUGGGUAUCCUAAUGUGUUAAUAGCUGAAACUCAGCUGUAAUUUUCUCCUAAAUCCGUCGGCAUUUUGCAUUCUGUACAUUGUGGUGCUUCCCCACCUGUAUUGUCGUAACCGUAAGCUCCUAAGGGGCGGCAGUUUGGUCUCAGGCGCGCACCUGUCAGUGCCUGGUGGCGCCGUGUCUGCGCCAGGGUCCUGGUCUUCCUUCCCAGUGAUUUCUCCCAUUCUUCAUGGAGGUGUGAUGCUCCAGCCAUGCUAAACUACUUAGAAUUUUUCUAAUAAGCCUGGCUUUGCUGAUUUUUGUGGCUUCAAGUGCCUUCUUUCUUCCCUGAAGAUAGACUUGCAUCUAUGUCCCCCCUUCCCCAGAUCUCUUGCCAUCAAAAUCACUUUUUUCAAGACCCAGUUCAAGAGCAUUUUUCUUUUCCUAAGAGAAAAGAUUUGCAGCAGGAGUGGAGAGCCCCCUUUUUGGGGUUGAUUUGGCCAGAAUUUGAAGUGGGGAGCAAAUUCAUUCUUGUCUGCUUCCCCUUCUACAUUGUCCCUUCCUGUUUGAGAUUCUGUCCCAACCUUCAUUUUUUAAAGUGUGUGUUCAUAGAGCACCUUAUACCUUCUUCUAGCUCAUCGUUUACCCCUUCAACCUACAAAUAGAAUGACCUGUAUCUGUUUUACUACCUUAUUAGACCAUAAGGUCCUAGAGGAAAAGGACUGGGGGAUUAUCCCUCUAUUUCACCAGAAGGUACAGUGACUUCCAUGAAAGAGUCCUUCAAACAUGACUCUUUAGGUUGAAUAAAUGUAUUUCUGUUUCGUUCUCACAAGUGAGGCAUGUCUAGAGAUAGGACUUAAUAAAUUGUAGGUGCUAUGACAAUUCGUAGUGGAGGGAUUUGUUGGGGGGAGUUUGGAGGGGUGGGCAGAGGAGGGAGGAAGUCACUGGUCAUUCCGAGGUACUUCCAUCUUUGGUCUGGGUGAUAGGCCAUUUCUUUCUGUGCCCAUUAUAUCCAGACACUUUGUUCCAUGCAGAAGAAUUUUAUGUGCCAACUUUCUUUUCGCAAACCAAGUCCACUGUUCUCUCAGUUCAUGUCAUCACCAUGCCACAAGUCUAAGUCCUCUGCUGUUUUUUUUUCUUACUCCAGCUAAGUCCUGUCAGUGCUACCUCAAGUCUUUCAUUUCUUUUUCCUCCUCACUCAGAUAAUCUCAACGGCCUCUCAACUUCCUUUACCUGUUCUGACCCCCACCCUACCUUAAACACAAUAUUAGAUUCAUCUUACUGAAACAUAGCUCUGACCAUGUAUCCCAUGUAUGUGUUCUAUCUCCCCUACUAGACUGUAAGCUCCUAAUGGGCAGGAUCUGUGUCGGAGUCAUCUUUGUAUCUCCCAUAGUACCUAUCAAUAAAUAUUUCUUGAAUGAACCAACA